AUGUGCAACCUCCGCAAGACGAGGUGCGACAAGGGCGUUCCCUGUGGCAACUGCGUCAAGCGCAACAAGGCGCACCUGUGCCACAUCGUCCCGCACGUCCGCCCCAAGGACGCCGACCGCCUGCGCCAAGUCGCCGCCGCCGGCGGUACGCCCCUCCAGUACUCGGCCGCUCCUCUUCCACCGCCUCUAGGCGUCGCAGGACCGCCGGGCACGCCGCCUAUCACGCCGGCGGGCACGUCGGGCGACCCUCGGCUCGCGCACACGACGCCGGCGACGGUCGACGCGCUCGCCAUGAGCGCCUUUGCCGAGGUCGAGGCCAUCCACUCGACCAUCGACGGCCUGCGCACGCGCCUCACCGGCCUCGAGAGCCUCCUCGUCGCCGCGUUCGGUCGACUCGCCCAGGACGAGGGUCGGUGCGCCGAGGUCAACGCGGCGCUGCAAGGCGGCGUCGGCGCCGCUCGUGCCCCGUACGGCGUCAAGCCGGACGACGACGCCUCGUCGCACAUGCGCAACGCCGUCGGCCUCACGUUUGACGGCAGCGCGCAGCCCCCUUUCCCUCUCCCUUCUCGCCUGCACGAUCCGCACGGCGACAUCUUCGUCUCGUCGAGCGGCCUCACGCCCUACGCCUCGGGCAGCGCCACCGCCUACCCUCCCUUCAUGCCGCCACCCCUCCAUCCCUCGCACUCGCCGCACCCGUACCCGCAUCAGCACGACGCGCAACGCGUCUCGCGCCCGUCCACGUCGGGCGGCUCUGGGUCCAUGCCGCCCGAGUACGGCCUCGACCGCUCGGCGUCGAGCUCGCACACGACGGCGUUCACGCUGCCGCCGCUCGAGGGCGGGCGCGGGCUCGAGGGAGGGACGGGGCCGUCGAGCGAGUUCGGGCUCGGGGCGUUCGAGCAGGCGGGGCAGGCGGCGCGGGGCGAGGAGGAGGCGGGAGCGGGUGCCGAGAUGGAUGAGCGGGACGAGGAAGGGCGGGAGAGGAGCGACGAGCUGCGCGAGGAGGAGGUCGCCGCGAGUUUGAGCCUCGAGUUCAUGGCUCUCGGUCGCAAUAGGGCGCUCACUGGCCCUCAGUCGUCAGCUCAGAACGCCCAGAUCUCGCCGCACCAUCCAGUACACCUGUCGUCGGUGUUCGACCCGGCCUCGCUCCCUCAGCACCCGUCGGCCCAGUUCCCGACGUCCGCCUCGCUCGCGCGCGUCCUCCCGCCUCCCGCCGACACGCACCUCAUCAUCGAGCACGCCCUCGAGUCGACCGGGUGGCACCACGCCUGCAUCCACGCGCCGAGUUUCCGCGCCGAGCUCGCCGAGUUCAUGUCGCAUCCGGACGAGACGAGGUUCGAGACGGCGAGCCCGGCGUGGCUCGCGCUCCUGUUCGCCCAGCUUGCGUGCGGGGUCAAGCACAUGACGAGGGAGCAGCUCAAGCAGCUCGGCCCGUUCGGGCUCAACGACGACGACAUGCGCACGCUCACCAAGACGCACCUCGACGCCGCCCUCGCUUGCCUGUACCGGUCCCACUUCCUCGAGAACCACCAGCUGCACGCCGUCCAGGCCAUCACAAUCCUCGUCGUCGGCUGCCAGGACGUCCCGCAGAGCAACCUGUUCCCGAUGCUUCUCUCGACCGGUAUCUGCCUCGCCCAGGACCUCGGCCUGCACCGCCUGCCGUCCGAGGAGCUGUGGCUCGCAUCGGUCGAGGGCCAGUCGCUCGAGGCUCGCGCCAAGAGCCUGAUCGCGUACGAGACUCGCAAGAGGGUCUUCUGGGCUCUGACGAGCCAAGACUGGUUCUCGAUCCCGUAUCGCAGAACGACGGCCGUUCAGCCUACUCAGGUCACGACGCCGCUGCCUUCGAACGCGCAUGACGAGGACCUCAUGACGGGCAUCCUGAUCAAUCGUCCGCCUACCGAGUACACGGUCGUCUCUCGCCUCCUCGUGUGGAUCCAGGUCGCCCGCAUCCUCCAGCAGGUGUUCCAGCACGUCGACGAGAACCCGAACCCGUCGUACGAGCACAUCCUCGAGCUCGACGCUCAGCUGCAGCAGCUUCUCGACGGCGUGCCCGCCUUCUUCACGUCCGACUCGGCGCACUCGGACCGCCUGCCGCCCAACGCCGCCUGGAUGCGCACGACCUUCAUCAUCAGCUCGGCGCACAAGGUCCUCACGCUUCAUCGUGCCUUCUUUCGGCGGUACGAGCCGUCGCGCAAGCGGGCGCUCGACGCGAGCAGGACGAUCCUGCGCGAGGCGGCGAGGAUCGGCGACUCGAGGAUGUGGACCGUGCCUCAGUACCACAUCAGUGCCGCCGCCUCGGUCGUCUGCCUCGACCUCUUCCAGCAGGCCUCGCCUGCCUCGACCCUCGCCGCCGAGCGCGACGAGGUCGUCGCAGCCCUGUCGACCCUGCGCGGCAUGACGUCCUUCUCGGCCAUCGCCACUCGCGGCGCCGCCCUCAUCGAGAACCUCCUCGCCGAGGAGGCCAAGCUGCCCGCUUUGCCGACCUCGCCUCGCACCUCGACCAAGCGCCGCCGCGUCGACAGCGACGCCGCGCCCACGCCUGUUCACGACGCACACGCCCAGCAGACGAGCGCCACGUCGCUCGCCAAGCUCCUCGCGUCUCCCCUCCUCGCCGGCGCGCACCCCUCGCUCGAGGCGUCGGGCCUCGUCUUUGCGCCAGGCUCGUCCUCGUCGCCGGCGUCGUCCGCUUCGCCCGGGACCGGCGCUCGUCGUCCACCUGCGGGCGACAUCUUCUUUGCACCGGCGCCCUCGGCCGAUGCGGCGUGCGGCGCGGCCGGCACGGGCGGGCUCGGGCUCAGCCUCGACGACUUGUCGCCGCUGCCGGCGUCGUUCAUGAGCGCCUUUCUCGAGACGGGCUUUGACCCGCUCGACGGCGCGAUUGUGGGUGGAGGAGGGGCGGCAGGGGCGAGUGGAGGAGGAGGAGGAGGCGAGCUGCCGGCGUGGCUCGAGGCCGGCUCGCCAUUCGCCGCGAGGGACGAGGUGCGUGCGUGA